GUUUAUUACCUCUUCUAUCAAUCUCAUUUUACACACUCUCAUCCCAAGGAUGUCUGUCCCCGAAGUGCAAUGGGCCCAAGUGGUCGAGAAGGCAGGCACUCCUCCGGUUUACAAACAGGUUCCCGUUCCAAAACCUGGACCAGACGAGAUUUUGGUCAAGAUGCGAUAUUCGGGCGUCUGCCAUACAGAUCUUCACGCCAUGAAGGGCGACUGGCCUCUUCCUUCAAAGAUGCCACUGAUAGGCGGCCAUGAGGGCGCUGGUGUCGUCGUUGCUAAGGGAGAAUUAGUCAAGGACGAAGAUUUCAAGAUUGGUGACAGAGCCGGCAUCAAAUGGCUUAAUGGCUCCUGCCUCUCCUGCGAAAUGUGCAUGCAAGCCGACGAACCUCUUUGCCCUCACGCCUCGCUAUCCGGAUACACCGUCGAUGGCACAUUCCAGCAAUACACUAUCGGAAAGGCUGCAUUGGCUUCUAAGAUCCCGGAUAACGUGCCUCUAGACGCGGCGGCUCCUAUCCUCUGCGCUGGGAUUACCGUAUACAAAGGACUGAAAGAGUCCGGAGCGCGUCCAGGCCAGACUGUCGCUAUCGUUGGUGCGGGAGGUGGCCUGGGUUCUCUGGCACAACAGUAUGCCAAAGCAAUGGGGUUACGCACCAUCGCUAUUGAUUCCGGUGACGAGAAGAAAGCCAUGUGCGAGCAAUUAGGAGCUGAGGUCUUUAUCGAUUUCAGCAAAUCCGCCGACGUCGUCGCAGAUGUCAAAGCUGCCACGCCGGGCGGCCUAGGCGCCCACGCCGUCAUCCUCCUCGCCGUCGCCGAAAAGCCCUUCCAACAAGCAACCGAGUACGUUCGCUCCCACGGCUCCGUCGUCGCAAUCGGCUUGCCAGCCAAUGCAUUUCUCAAGGCACCCGUGUUCACAACUGUCGUCCGCAUGAUCAACAUCAAGGGAAGUUAUGUCGGAAACCGCCAGGACGGCGUUGAGGCGUUAGACUUCUUUGCCAGGGGCCUUAUCAAGGCGCCAUUCAAGAAGGCACCGCUGCAAGAUUUGCCACAGAUUUUUGAGUUGAUGGGGCAAGGGAAGAUUGCGGGUCGUUACGUCUUGGAGAUUCCCGAGUGAACGGGCAGGAAGCAGAAAUUCACCUACGCGGAUCAGGAUGGAAACAAGUAGGAAAAUUACAGAAUCAGCAGCCACUUUGGGAGUACACGAGAUGCAAAGGCUGGAGUUUCAUUUGGUGAGAUUUAUGUUAGUUCCUGUACGACCUGCUCCGCAGUGCUGUAGUAUGGCGUCUGGGGUAAGCCAGGCACAGAGUAGUAUCAGAGUAGGAUAUGACAAAAGCCCCCGAAAAAUCACCUACGUGGGACAUGUUUGUGGAGAG